AAUUCGGAAGGUGGAGAGGGUGAGGUGGGAGUUUCCUGGGCAACCGGGCGCACACCCGCGCCCACACGGACAGGAAAAGCUUCGCUGUCUACGCAGGUGCGUCCCGAGCACCUGCGCACCUGUUGCGCGGCUCCCCACAGUCACUGGGUAAGAGAAGACUGGAAGCAUGUCGGAGUUUUGGUUAAUUUCUGCCCCUGGCGAUAAGGAAAAUUUGCAAGCUCUGGAGAGGAUGAAUACUGUAACCUCCAAGUCCAACCUGUCUUAUAAUACCAAAUUCGCUAUUCCUGACUUCAAGGUGGGGACCUUGGAUUCCCUGGUUGGCCUCUCUGAUGAGUUGGGGAAACUCGACACCUUUGCUGAAAGCCUCAUAAGGAGAAUGGCUCAGAGCGUGGUGGAAGUCAUGGAGGACUCAAAGGGGAAGGUCCAGGAGCACCUUCUGGCAAACGGAGUUGACUUAACAUCCUUUGUGACCCACUUUGAAUGGGACAUGGCCAAAUAUCCUGUCAAGCAGCCGCUCGUGAGUGUGGUGGACACAAUAGCCAAGCAACUGGCGCAGAUCGAGAUGGACCUGAAGUCCCGAACGGCUGCCUACAACACUCUGAAGACAAACCUGGAGAACCUGGAAAAGAAAUCCAUGGGGAACCUCUUCACCCGGACACUGAGUGAUAUUGUGAGCAAAGAGGACUUCGUGCUGGAUUCUGAAUAUCUCGUCACACUUCUGGUCAUCGUCCCCAAACCAAACUACUCACAAUGGCAAAAAACCUACGAAUCUCUCUCAGACAUGGUGGUCCCUCGAUCAACCAAACUCAUUACUGAGGACAAGGAAGGGGGCCUUUUCACUGUGACUCUGUUUCGAAAAGUGAUCGAAGAUUUCAAAACCAAGGCCAAAGAAAACAAGUUCACUGUUCGUGAAUUUUACUAUGAUGAGAAAGAAAUUGAAAGGGAAAGAGAGGAGAUGGCCAGACUGCUGUCUGAUAAGAAGCAACAGUAUCAAACUUCCUGUGUUGCUCUUAAAAAGGGAUCAUCCACCUUCCCGGACCACAAGGUUAAGGUAACCCCGCUAGGUAACCCUGAUAGGCCUGCUGCGGGGCAGACCGACAGAGAGAGAGAGAGUGAGGGCGAGGGUGAGGGCCCCCUGCUGCGCUGGCUCAAGGUGAACUUCAGCGAAGCCUUCAUUGCCUGGAUCCACAUCAAGGCCCUGAGAGUGUUUGUGGAGUCCGUGCUCAGGUAUGGACUACCAGUGAACUUCCAGGCAGUGCUCCUGCAGCCGCAUAAGAAGUCAUCCACCAAGCGUUUAAGAGAGGUUCUAAACUCUGUCUUCCGACAUCUGGAUGAAGUAGCUGCUACAAGUAUACUGGAUGCAUCUGUGGAGAUCCCGGGACUGCAACUCAAUAACCAAGACUAUUUUCCUUAUGUCUACUUCCAUAUUGACCUUAGUCUUCUUGACUAGAAAGGCCAGCUGGCACCUCUGUCUCAUGUUCGUGCAGAUUAUCACGGACACCUCUUUCCUUUAGCCAGAGAAUGGUUCAAAUGUCUUACAGAACUAAGAUCCUUUUUCAGAGAAAUUGCUCACGAAAGUUAGUGACAGUUGUAUUUAUUUUUUUAAGUUACAAUAAAAUGCUCUCAAGUCCUUUGAAUGUUCUAACAAAUUCAAAACUUCAUUUUCUGAAUGUUUUACAUAAAUGCGAACUACCUGUUCGCAUUGGUAACCUGCUGCUGUAUUUCAUGUCUUAACGGCUAUUUUGAGGUUCAUUAACAACAUAGAAAGCCUUGAACUGUAUAACCAGCUAGAUUCCUUAAUAAUUAGUCACUAGAGACAGCCCAAAGACAAAUAUUGGGCAGGAAAUCAGGUCUUGUUUUUUGUUUAAAAAAGUUUGUGGGGAGGAAAGACAUCUGUGUAUCACUUCAAAAUAUUGAUUUACUGCUAAACAUCACUCUGAAUUUAUGAUGUGGAUACUAAUUUCAUACAUUUAUCGGCAUUGUCCAAAAUAUUUUAUUCUUUAAUGGAAAAAGCCAUUAAUAUUCAAAUGAAGGAAUCACAUUAAAAAAAACCCAUACAUAAGAAACAGCCUCCAAGAACAUUCAAGCAGCAGUCAGAGAGAAAAAUGUUUCGACAGCCAAGUUUUCUUCAAAAUAUUAUGUGACAGAAUACGACUCAAUUCACCGGCUACAACAAUUCAUAGAAUUUUUCAAUGUUUUCUUGAGAUGCAAAAGUUCACUGUUGCAGUGUUUUCAAAUGACCAAUCAAGUACUACUUCUUGGUUAAAAGGCCACUGGUAGAGUCAUCUGAGUGUAGAGAAUGUCCC